AUGCCUUACAAAAUGUUUAGCUGCAUCCCCGGCCUCAACCUGCCAAAUGCCAGUGGUGCCUUCCCCACUGUUGACAACCUUAAGUGUAUCCAGAAUUUGCCAGAUGUCCCCUGGGGGCCCAAUUUCUCCCUGAUUGGGGACCACCAGAAGCCAAUAUCAUGUGUCCCAGAGAACCGGGAAGGUACUCUCUCCAGAGCGGGAGGUGGAAACGCUCCAGUGGGAAGCCUGCCCUUUACCAGACAAAGGGCUCAGAGGGAGCAAUCCGCCUCCACCGCCGACUCCACUAUUCUGCCCCUGCGAGCCACCGGACCCCCAGACACGGAGGGGAAUCAGCCCCAUCACUAUUGGCCUUUCGCCACUAGUGACCUCUACAAUUGGAAAGCUCAGAAUCCUAAGUUUUCCAAGAAACUGGCAGGGCUUAUUGAUUUAUUAGACUCUGUUCUUUCUACCCAUCAGCCCACGUGGGACGAUUGCCAGCAGCUUUUGCAGGUCCUGUUCACGACUGAAGAAAGAGAAAGAAUCCUCAAUGGGGCCCGAAAACUAGUUCCGGGUGCAGACGGGAGUCCCACCACCAACCAGGCUCAGAUAGAUGCCUCCUUCCCCUUAACUCGGCCCCAGUGGGAUUUCAACAUGGCAGAAGGUAAGGAGAGGCUCCGGCUCUACUGCCAGACUCUAAUGGGGGGUCUCCGAAUGGCUGCUAGAAAGCCAACCAAUUUGGCCAAGGUAGGAAAUAUACAACAGGGAAAAGAUGAAUCUCUGGCUGCCUUUUUAGAACGGAUCAUGGAGGCAUUCCGUACCUAUACCCCCAUGGAUCCAGAGGCUCUGGAAAGCAAGGCAGCUGUUAUCAUGGCCUUUGUAAACCAGUCGGCCAUAGACAUUAGGAGAAAAUUACAGAAAAGACUAGGAGAAAAAAGUCUGCAGGACUUACUGGUGGUAGCCGAAAAGGUAUAUAAUAACUGGGAGCCUCACGAGGACAAGCAGGCUCGCGCCAUGGCAGCUGCCAGCAGUAAGCAGACUCGAGACCUGACCAGAAUACUACUAGCUACCACUGCUGACUCCUCUGAGGAACGAGACCGCUGUCUCCAGCAGCUGGCAGACGAUGCAAGAAAAGGUAAAGGAACCAUCAAGGGGGGGAAGCAGGGGCUGCAGAAGGAUCAGUGCGCAUACUGCAAGGAGAUAGGGCAUUGGGCCCGAGAUUGUCCAAAAGCCGGCGGGAAGGGAAGCAAGACUGAUCGAGUAAAAGUCCUAGAGCUAGAUGAACUAAGUGAUUAGGGGAGUCGGGGUUCGGACCCUCUCCCCGAACCCAGGGUAACUCUUAAGGUGGAGGGGACCCCUGUUGCCUUCCUUGUCGACACCGGAGCACAACAUUCGGUCCUCCGCACCCCACAAGGAAAACUAGCCAGCAAGAAGUCCUGGGUACAAGGGGCAACUGGUAUGAGCCAGUAUUCAUGGACUACCCGAAGAACAGUAGAUUUGGGAAUGGGCCAGGUAUCCCACUCCUUUAUGGUAAUACCAGAAUGCCCCUACCCGCUGUUAGGACGGGACUUACUGACCAAGAUUGGAGCUCAGAUAACUUUCAGACAAGGGGGGCCUCAGGUCACCGAUGGCAAGGGCCACCCCACCCAGGUACUGACCAUGAAACUGGAGGAUGAAUACCGCCUCCACCAGGAGGCACUCCCGAGAGAGGAUAAUAUAGAUAGAUGGCUACAAGAAUUCCCCUCGGUUUGGGCAGAGACGGGGGGGAUGGGACUAGCCACUCACAGGACCCCAGUCCUGGUAGAGCUCAAGCCAGGAGAGAGUCCAGUAAGGAUCAAACAAUACCCCAUGUCUCAGGAGGCCCAGAAGGGGAUCCAGCCACACAUCCAGAGACUACGAAGCCUAGGGGUACUAGUUCCUUGCCAGUCUGCCUGGAACACCCCCCUACUGCCGGUCAAAAAGCCUCACACAAAUGACUACCGACUGGUACAAGACCUCUGGGAAGUAAAUAAGAGGGUCGUGGACAUACACCCAACUGUUCCCAACCCAUAUACUCUCUUGAGCUCCUUGGCGCCCUCCAGGGUCUGGUAUACUAUACUAGAUUUAAAGGACGCCUUCUGCAGUCUGCUGCUGGCACCCCAGAGCCAACCCUUGUUCGCCUUCGAGUGGCAUGAUCCGGAGGAGGGCUACAGUGGGCAACUCACCUGGACAUGGCUACCUCAGGGAUUCAAAAAUUCACCCACCCUCUUCGACGAGGCACUACACGAGGACCUGGGUGAGUACAGAAGGUAGCACCCUGGCCUCACCCUUCUACAGUACGUAGAUGACAGCCUGAUUGCUGCUGACAUGGCCAAAGACUGUGAGCGAGGGACCCAGGACCUGCUGGCUACCCUGGGGGCCUUAGGCUACCGGGCAUCCAUGAAGAAGGCUCAGAUAUGCAGGGAGAGGAUUCACCAACAGGACACCAAAAUAGAGCAAGUUGUAUCUGCCUGCAAGACCUGCCAACUCACCAACGCGAGAGCCACAUCAAAUAAAAAAGAAACCAGGCUCAGAGGCACCAGACCGGGAGCCCAAUGGGAAGUCGACUUCACUGAAGUCAAACCAGGAAAGUAUUUACAGACACCUUCUCUGGCUGGGUGGAGGCAUACCCAACCAAGCAUAA